AUGGCGUCUGAAGUAAGCUUUAACUUUGGCAUGGCAUUAUUGAACUCCGGCUUGCACCAUGGACCCGAAUACCGGAUGACACAAUGCAUCAGCACCAGGGACAUUGCCACUGAUCAGUCUGCCCUCCUUGCUUUAAGAUCUCAGAUCACUUCAGAGCCUUAUCAAAUGUUAGUAAACAACUGGUCUGUUUCGUCCUCAGUUUGUCAAUGGAUAGGAGUUACUUGUAGCUCUCGUCACCACAGGGUGAUUGCCCUCAAUAUCUCAAACAUGGGCCUUACUGGCACUAUUCACCCCCAGUCAUUGUCGUUGUCAUUCAAUUCUCUGUCUGGAAAACUUCCAAUAGAGAUUGGGAAUCUGCAAAGCUUGAAGAAAUUAAGCAUUGAAUAUAAUUAUCUUUCAGGUUCAGUGCCAUCCAAGAUUUUCAAUAUCUCGUCAUUGGAAAUUAUUUCAUUUCUGAGUAAUAGUCUGUCUGGUAGCCUUCCGGCUGACAUGUGCUCCCCUCCUCGAAGAAUCAAGUGGCUUAACCUAUCGGAUAAUAAGUUAGGUGGUCAAAUACCAUCAACGUGGUUCCACUGUUCACAGCUUCAAAUGCUAUCCUUGUCUAUCAAUCAGUUUAUUGGAACCAUACCAAAUGAAAUUGGAAACUUGACAGCGCUGGAGGAGCUAUAUCUUGGCGUUAACAAUUUUAGAGCAACAAUACCAGAACAAUUCUGUAAUCUGCAUAGACUGAAACAGCUCUGGAUAAAUGAAGCUAGCUUAACCGGAUCUAUACCAGCUCAACUCUUCAACAUAUCAACUCUACUACUUCUUGUACUGAAUGACAAUAUUCUUUCCGGCAAUCUUCCAUUAAGCAACCGCCAAAGAUUACCAAACUUGGAAGUUCUGUCCGCUCGUGGCAACGAGCUGCAUGGAGUAAUACCGGCCUCCAUCUCAAAUGCCUCUAAUCUAUAUUACUUAAAUCUUGCUAGAAACAAAUUUAGUGGUCCGAUUCCUGACUCCCUUGGAGAUCUAAGAUUGCUUGAACAUUUGAAUCUGGGACAGAAUUAUUUUACUUGUGAACCUUCCAUAUUGGAAUUGAGCUUCAUCAGUUCCUUGACCAAGUGCAAAUAUCUUGAAUUCUUAGGCAUGAAUGACAACUCUUUCAAUGGCUCCAUACCUAAAUCUAUUGGGAAUCUAUCUCAUUCCAUAGAGAAAAUUUUUGCUUAUGAAUCUGAACUCAAGGGAAGCAUUCCAGAUUGCUUUGGAAAUUUGAGCAAUUUAUUACUUUUGAGUCUGGACGGAAAUCACUUGACUGGAUCAGUCCCAUCCACGUUCAAAAGUUUGCAAAAGCUUCAAGCAUUAAGUCUAGAAAAUAACCUACUGAGUGGUCCUCUGCCACAUCAUUUUUGUGACAUGAGUAGCUUGUACAUAGUAGCAAUCGGUCAAAAUCAGAUUUCAGGGUCUAUUCCUUCGUGCCUUGGUAAUGUUACUUCUUUGGGGUAUCUCCUUAUUGACCAAAACUUAUUGAACUCUAGCAUACCUGCUAACUUGUGGAAUCUUAGUGAUCUCCUGGAACUAGAUUUGUCCUCAAAUUCUUUGAGUGGUUCACUUCCUGAAGAAAUGCAAAACUUGAAGGCAGCAACAAGGUUAAAUUUGUCAGAAAAUGACAUUUCAGGGAACAUUCCAAGCUCAAUUGGAGGUCUUCAGAAUUUACUUAACCUUUCUUUUGCACAAAAUAAAAUUGAAGGAUCAAUUCCCAACUCAGUUGGUAACAUGCUAAGCUUGCAAUGCUUGGACCUAUCCCAUAAUGAUCUAUCCGGUGUGAUCCCAAAGUCCAUGGAAGCACUUUCUUAUCUCAGCUACAUCAACCUUUCUUUUAACAAAUUGAACGGUGAAAUUCCAUCUGGUGGUCCCUUCAAGAACUUCACAAGUCAAUCAUUCAUGUCUAAUGCUGCACUCUGUGGUGCACCAAGGUUUCUUGUCCCUCUUUGUAGCCCUCCACCUCUUCACAGAUCAACUAAAAAGAAAGUACUGCAAGUGAUAUAUCUAGUGUCAGGUAUAGCUGUAGCAAUUAUUGCUUUCAUUGUGGCAAUUAUAUCCAUAAGAUAUCGAAGGAAGAAUAACGUUCCAACAGCAGUAAGUUGGACGCCUCUGGGAAAAGCAGAAAGGUUCUCAUAUUAUGAACUUUUACGAGCAACAGAUGGCUACAAUGAGAGUAAUUUACUUGGCACAGGGAGUUUUGGGUCAGUCUAUAGAGGUACCCAAAUAGAUGGGACUCAGGUGGCAGUGAAAGUUUUCAAAUUGCAAUUAGAAGGAACACACGAUAGUUUUGUUUCAGAAUGUGAGGUACUACGCAAUCUUCGCCACCGAAAUCUCACCAAAGUGAUUGGGAGUUGUACUAACCAUGGCUUCAAAGCCUUGGUGUAUGAGCAUAUGCCUAACGGGAGUCUUGAGAAAUGGUUGUACUCUCACAAUCAUUAUUUAAAUUUAAUAGAAAGAAUGAGCAUAAUGAUAGAUGUUGCUAAUGGAUUGGAGUAUCUCCACCAUGGUUAUACGACACCAGUGGUUCACUGUGAUAUCAAGCCUAGUAACAUCUUGCUCGAUGAAGGUAUGGUUGCUCAUGUCAGUGACUUUGGUCUUUCAAAACUUUUGAGUCAAGAAGACUGUAAUUUGCACACCAAGACCCUUGCAACUCUAGGUUAUAUUGCACCAGAAUAUGGAGCUGAAGGUUUGGUAUCAACAAGAAGUGAUGUUUAUAGUUUUGGAAUUGUUUUGAUGGAAACUUUUUCAAGAAUGAAGCCUAGUGAUCAAAUAUUUGUUGGCGAUCUAAGCCUAAAGAGUUGGAUAGAAAAUUCACUUCACACUAGGACAACACAGACUAUAGAUGCCAGCCUACUCUCGCCAGAAGAUGAGUAUCUUCCAGAGAAGUUGGAGAGCAUUUAUCUGAUCCUGGAAUUGGCUUUGAGCUGCUGCAACGAACGUCCAAGAGAUAGGACCAGCAUGAAUGAUGUUGUAGUGUCACUUGAGAAGAUCAAGUAUCAAUUAGUCAGUGUCUGCGGUGACCAAAUGUGA